UCCUCUUCGCUUUUAUUUCAAGAGAAACAGUUCUUGCUUGUGAUUCAGUUCAUUUUCUAGUCGCUUUGCAGAACCUCACUGCUUUGAAUUCUAUUACAAUGGCCGACAAGGAUAUGGAAGUACAGAAAGCCAAGCUCGCAGAACAGGCUGAGCGUUAUGAUGACAUGGCCGCAGCAAUGAAAGCGGUGACGGAGAAUGGCAAGGCCGAGCUCUCCAGUGAGGAGCGCAAUCUUCUUAGUGUAGCUUACAAGAAUGUCGUAGGUGCACGCCGUUCAUCAUGGAGAGUUAUCUCUAGUAUUGAGCAGAAGGCCGAGGGUUCGGAUAAGAAGCUCGCACUUUCAAAGGAAUACCGCGAGAAAAUCGAGAAGGAACUUCAGGACAUUUGCUCUGAAGUACUGGUCCUCUUGAAGGAUCACCUCAUCGUCAACUCUAAAACCGAGGAGUCUAAGGUAUUCUACUUAAAAAUGAAGGGAGACUACCACCGCUACUUGGCUGAGGUUGCAACUGGAGCGGACCGCGAUGCAAUCGUCGGAGACUCGCAAGAAUCCUACCAGGAAGCUUUCGACAUUGCAAAGACCGGUAUGCAGCCAACUCACCCCAUCCGCUUGGGACUUGCACUCAACUUCUCCGUAUUCUUCUAUGAAAUCCUCAAUUCACCGGAGAAGGCUUGCCAUCUGGCCAAGCAGGCGUUUGAUGAUGCCAUCGCAGAACUCGACACACUAAACGAGGAGUCUUACAAGGAUAGCACUCUCAUUAUGCAGCUUCUGCGUGAUAACCUGACUCUAUGGACGUCAGACACUGCCACAGAGGACCAGGAUGCGGAUGCUGACCAACAGUAAAUAGGAACACCCCAUACUUGCUUUACAGGGCAGUCAUUGGUUUGAUUGCAUCCGCCAGUGUGUGAAGCGCAGAUCUAACUUAGAAGGGCACUGGUGCCGCCCUGGUGCUGCAUAGGCGUUUAUGCAUGAGGAGCAAACCAGUGAACUGUCUCUCUUUACAUAAACUAGGAGUUAACCCAUUCGAGUGCUUAGAGCAUAUUAUGUAAUGUUUGUUUUAUCUUCUUUACUUUGUUGUAUGAAAAGUAUUAGUUCGUGUAUCUGAAUUGCUGAGCUUGUGAUUUUGCUUCACCCCUUUCUUGCAUUUCCAACCAAGUAAACUGUUAUAGCUUCUGGUUGACCUCUGUGCUGGUAGAGUAGGAACUUCAGUGUCCUUUCUUCCUUAUGCCACACGCAUUUAUCUCUUUGGAUUUAUUCAAAAUUGA